AUGCAGUUACUCAUUUCCCAUCUACUAACUCCAACCUUCUUCCUUCUUCCUCUUCUCUGCAUCCUCACCGUAACCCAUCUCCCUCAACCUUCUCCAUUCCCAAACCAGAACAACAACAACCCAUUCCACCGGCAACAUCAUAUCCCUUCAUCCACCAAUCGCCCUUUAUCUUCUCCUCCCUGCUAUCACACUGCAUCAUCGUAUCCACCAACAGUAACCAUCACUUUCAUCUUCGACCCAAACUACCCUGUUCCGCUAGCAAUCCGUCACCGUCAAAAUACCGAUUCCGCAAGCGAUUCCCGUCAAACAGCACCAACAACUCCCAUGACCAACUUGCUUGCAGCUUCUCUCCGUCUCGCCGUGAAUGUUUAA